AUGCAGAAGUGUGCUGGCCAUGCACCACUGGUGACUGCAGCCUCGCGGGUCUCCCAAGACACCGUAGACGCUCUUUUGCAAGCUAUUUUAAAGGCCUACCAUAAAUUAGCUUCGAUCGACAGUCACAUUAAUGAUCCUGUUGAAAUAGCCUUCAAGCUCAUAAACUCUUUUAAGUAUCUGCCAAUUUCAGGCUCUUCUGUAAAAGAUUUUGAGUCGGAACUGCGGGAGUUAGACGUUUUUUCUCCCCUUUUGCAGUCAGCCGUUACUGCUGCUAAUAAUAGCAAUAUCAUAUGGGACCUUAUAGCGGUGUUAUUUGCAUACAUUUCCAUCCAUAAACAGCUCCAUCCUUUGAUCCUGCACAAUCUGAACAUAUGGAAGGAUUUUAUGGCAGAUAAUGACGAAGAAACGGCGACAACCACGGACGGGGACUCAAUGAAUUUCGGCGUACUGUCGCUUCUUUCCAUUGUUCAAAAUUUUGAAGAAAUAACGCCAAAUCUAUUUGAGUUUCUAAAGCUCGGUUUGAGAUCCACUUUACUCAAGAUAUGGGUAGCACAAUGGCAAAGAUACGAUCCUUCGGCAACGAACUUAAUCAACGGUGAUGAGAAAAUUUCUAGCUGGAUAACAAAGGAUUACCAGGUGGAUUUUUUUAUCAUCACUUCAUUAGCAUCAACGUCCUCAUUAGAAGUUUUGCCAUCUCAUUAUUUUGUGUACAAGAUCUCUAAAAGGAUCUCUCACUUCCCAAAUUUAAUUGAUCCUAAACUAUAUCGAUCUGCAAUUUCUACAAUAAUGGAAAAUGGGAUUUCAGACAAUGGUGGUGGUGAGAACUCCAGCGACAAAAUUGAUCCGACUGAUUUGUCCUUUCACUUACAAGUUUUAAUGGAAGUUAUUGACCAUCCUGAGUUGAAUUAUUUGCAGGAAAAUCGAUUAAUUUUGUUGCUCGACAUUGCAUUAAAUUAUUUAAUCCUGGUUCCUACUCACUGUUUACAUUCAAACUUUGGUGAAUUGGGCUCUACUCAAAGUUUAGCAUCCACUUUAAAUAUCAUUCAGUUCCUUCUAUCGAAAUUCUUAAUCAACAUGGGCAGUAUUUCGCAAUUAAUUAAUCAAUACAACAGGAAAUGCAUCACUACUAAUAACAUCAAUAAUAACAACAUUAACAACAAUGGCGUUAUUAAUGGUAGUACUAACACCACUAGUACUACUACUACUACCAUCACUAAUAACAAUAAUAAUAGCAAUAAUAGCAGUAUUAGUAAUAAUAACAGAAAAAUAGACUGGACGCAAUCAUAUCAAACGAGGUACCAAAUUCCAUACUGGUUUGAGGACUCAAUUUUGCCACCAAUUCCGCCUAUUUCGAAAUCGCUUUUCACUUUUGACAAGAACCUAGACCAUGAGUCGGAUUCAAUUAUGAUUGUAAAUGAUGUAUUACGCUGUUUGAAUUUAACCAUUCUUUUAAUUUCUAAACUUCUAAGGGAUUAUGAUGACCUGAAGAUUAACCCACUAAUUCAAUCAUCAGAUGAUCACAGUAAUGAAGACAAUCAUGUGAUAAUAGAACAAUACAUGCAGCUUUAUCUCGUUCCAUUAUUUACUUCAUUAUUAUUGGCCCAACAAUUAAAAGACCGAGGCCAAGAACGAGAUGAAGGACAUAAAGAGAAAGAGGAAAAUAUAAAUCUCAUCGGGUCUUCCUCAGUCAAGAAAUUAUUUUCUCAACUAAUUUUUUUUAGCUCUUUGAAAUUGUGUGAAAAUUUGGUCAUAAAGGAAAAAAAUUUAGCACUAUAUCAUUUGAUCAAAUUCGCGACAAAGGUUUCUCUGGAUGAUUUGAUUUUACAAAAAAUAUCCAUAAACUUAUUGAAUCAUUUGUUCUUCCAUCAAAUUAGGGAUGGAAGUGAUGAUGAUAAUUUAAUUAAAAAGUUAUGUUUAAAAAAUCAACUUUCUUUCCAAGCUUUGAAAGAUUACAUCACAUUGUGGAAUGACGGUUCUGAAGUUUAUAAUGCAUUUUAUAAGGAGCUUUUCUAUGAAGAGCAACCAAAGAUUAAGCCAAUAAAACUAACAACAUCUGACUUGCUGAAAUUAUUCCCUGAGGAUGUUCAAUUUGUGAUAUCCACUCCACCAAAUACAAUAACUUCAGCAUCAACAAGCGAUAAUUGUACAUCAUCACAAUCAGCUGCGCAGAAAAAUAUUGAAAACUUUACUACGUUAUCGAAGUACGAUGUCUACUCGUCCACAUCUUUCAUACCGUCCACGUCGAAAAACACUAACACUAACGUUAGUAAGCAGCAGCAGCAGCCUCAAAACUCUACUCCAUGUUCUUCCAACAGGUUUUUGUUCAACAAAAGCAGCCUAAUUUCUCAGGAAAGUAAUGGUAGCAACAAUAACAGCGGCACACAAGGACCUGGUUCCAUGAAUGAGAGUUAUUCUCUUGACAAUUCAUUCAACACAACCAAUACCAAUAUGACGAGACAACCAACCACCUUAACUAGAGCAACCGAUGCUAUGACUACGGCACCUACGACACCAAUUCCAUACAAGAACACUAGUGGAAGCAGCAAUAACAAUCUAUGGAUUGAAUCGCCCAUGACAAAUUUCAAGGGUUCCACCAUCAGUAAAAGUACUAAUAAGAGCAAAAUGGUUAAUACUGGUAAAAAUUAUAUUUUAGGGGGCCACAAUAAAGUUAAAAACAACAGUAGAGCUCAAUCAAUACAUAUAGAUGACUUUGAAAAUGAGAACAAUUAA